CCGUCCACACGCCCCAGAGCACUUCGAACACGAGGCUGCCGGCGAGCAUGGGCAAGGGAGCAGGCGCCGCCGGCGUGGACGAGCCGCUGCUCCCGGAGUUCUCGGGCGGGCACGGCGGCGGGGCGUCGGUCUCCGGCGCGGUGUUCAACCUGUCCACUAGCAUCAUCGGCGCCGGCAUCAUGUCGAUCCCGGCGGCAAUGCGCGUCCUCGGGGUCGUCCCGGCGCUCGUCCUCAUCGCGGCCGUCGCCCUCCUCUCCGACGUCUCCGUGGAGUUCAUGCUGCGGUACACGGCCUGGGCCAGCGGCCCGCCCUCGUACGCGGGGAUCAUGGGCGACGCGUUCGGCCGCCGCGCCGGCGCCGCCGCGCUGAACGUCUUCAUCGCCUUCACCACCGCCGGCACCCUCGUCGUCUACCUCAUCAUCAUAGGGGAUGUGCUGUCCGGGAGCGUGGAUGGGGGAGGCGAGCACGCCGGGGUGCUGCAGGAGCUGUUCGGCCCGCAGUGGUGGACCAGCAGGGAGUUUGUGAUACUGGCCACGGCCGUCGCCGUUCUGCUGCCGCUGGUGCUCCUCCGCCGCGUCGGUGUAAGACCCUGAGACAACAUCUUCAAGAAGGAACUGUCAUUGGCAUGCCGAUGACUGAUCCAGCUACAAGUAGAACCUGGGGUCAUCGCCCUCAAGGCAUAACUUGGAGUCAACACCAUCAAAUAUGAAAAAACGCCAACCCAAAAGGAUAAAUCAUGGGUUUUCACACCGAGAGAAUAAAAUAUCUCAUGUCAAUUGCCAGUGUCGUCGUCCACCUCUAUUCUAGCCUGCUCACACAAGCUAGCCGAAGGAGAAUUCAACGAAACAGGAGACACCAUCACAUUACUUCCCGUUGAUGUCGCACCAUCUCGUCCAUGGUUGUCGUGCCCGGCACAACAAUGCCUUGUGACCUCUGCCUAGAUAACAUAGUCGCGGCUCCACACCGGCCGGCGCAUAGCAUCCCUCGUGUCACCGCUGCCACACCUACAUAUAUGCAUGGCUUAGGCCGACGCUGGCUAGAUUCCAUGAGAUCCCCAUGCACGCCGCCCAAGCCAGCCAUCUAUGGUCAGAUGCAACCCACCGCCCCUCACAACACGGUAAACCACCACCCCCUCCAAAGUGAUGCUUCGGCUGUCUCUGCAACGAGGUCUGCCGCCCCCUUCACCAGCAGCCGCCUCAGAAGGAGGUGAGGAGAGGGAUGAGAGGAGUAGGGCGGUCGUGGAAACACUAGGGUUUUGUCCCCCCUGCCCAAAAAAA